UAGUGUCUGGCCACACACUGCCCACUCUGCACCGCCCGGGCUCCAGACUCUUUGCAGCCCAUACCGUGUGUGCCGCGUCCACCCGAGUCGGGAGCGCCCGGCAGGCGGGCGGUGGUGGAUGCGCGGGCGGCAGCCCACAGUAUGGAUUCAGAUUCUGGAGAGCAGAGCGAGGGCGAGCCCGGGACUGCUGCAGGUCCUCAUGUGUUUAGUUCCAAGAGUCUCGCCCUUCAAGCCCAGAAGAAGAUCCUGAGCAAGAUAGCCAGCAAAACUGUGGCCAACAUGCUGAUCGAUGACACCAGCAGCGAGAUCUUUGAUGAGCUGUACAAAGUCACCGAGGAACACACCCACAACAAGAAGGAGGCCCACAAGAUCAUGAAGGAUGUAAUAAAGGUGGCGAUCAAAAUUGGUAUUCUCUACCGGAACAAACAGUUCAGUCAAGAGGAGGUUGUGAUUGUGGAGAAACUCCGGAAGAAACUGAACCAGACCGCCAUGACCAUGGUCAGCUUCUACGAAGUGGAGUAUACCUUUGAUACGAAUGUGCUCUCUAAACUUCUGCAUGAGUGCAAGGACCUGGUCCAUGAACUGGUACAGCGACACUUGACACCCAGAACCCACGGACGCAUAAACCAUGUCUUCAACCACUUCGCUGAUGUGGAAUUCCUUUCCACUCUCUACAGUCCACACGGAAACUGCAGGCCCAACCUCAAGAGGAUUUGCGAAGGAAUCAAUAAAUUGUUAGAUGACAAAAUCCUCUGAAUAGCUUCUCCUCUUGUGGACUUUGCCGCUUCAAAGUCAGAAUAUUCAACCUCCUCGCCCAGUGAGAAUCAAGCACCAACCCUUGCUCAAGAUGUUCUUGUGUCUCCUUUAUCACUCUGAUGCUGAUUCUAACCCAGACUUGGGUGUGUUUACCCCCUGAGCACAGGCAUGAGCUCCCAAGUCUAAAUGAACUGUGUUUGCAAAGAACAGACGACUGGUCUGAGCACGAAGGCUGCUUUGCUCCAUUCAUCUCGUAGUGGAAGGCGCCCUGAGUUAGGAUACAGAAGACAUGGGUGUGGAGAGCAGUCCUGCCGCUGUUUGGGAAAUCUGUGUUCCGGAUCUUGAUGCCUCCUGACUACCUCACAGGGCUGUGGUGAGGACUGAACAGGAAACCUCGCACUCAGUUUUGUGAAACAGAGACCAGUGACUGUAUAUAAUAAACAGAUGCGGCAUCAUAUUUCGUUAUUAGUGGGUUUGUUUGUGGCCAGUUGUCAGAGCAUGUUUAGUGAUCACAGUACCAGAGAGGCUGAGCUAGAAGAAUUAUGACCAGGGGUGGGGGUAGUGUGGACUGCAGACUGAGGCUCAGACAAACCUGGCCUCUACAGAAAACUCUCAGGAAAGAAAUAGAAGAAAAGGAAGAACGAGUUCCUCGCCUCCUUUAAGAGAAACAAGAGUCAAGGUGACGCUGCUCCCUUUACUCUGCAUGUGACUUGAAGACACCCGUUCAAGGCUGCAGCGAUGACUCUCAGUUUAGGUAGAGCAAUGCUCUCGUC